AUGGCUUCCAACAACAUGGUGACGCUGGCUGUGAAUCCAGACAAGGAAGAUGAUCUCUUCCUCGCAGAAGUCCAGCAGGUCAAAGAUUGGUGGCGCGAUUCACGAUGGAGGCACACCAAGCGUCCCUUCACCGCCGAGCAGAUCGUCUCUAAGAGAGGGCAUCUGAAAAUUGAGUAUCCCAGUAAUGCCCAGGCCAAGAAGCUAUGGAAUAUCCUGGAGAACCGUUUCCAGAACAAAGAUGCUAGCUAUACCUAUGGCUGCUUAGAACCUACAAUGGUCACUCAGAUGGCCAAGUACCUCGACACCGUCUACGUCUCUGGCUGGCAAUCAUCUUCAACUGCCUCUGCGUCAGAUGAGCCCGGCCCUGACUUGGCAGACUACCCAUACACCACUGUGCCCAACAAGGUUGGUCAUCUCUUCACGGCCCAGCUCUUCCAUGAUCGAAAGCAACGUCAGGAACGCUUGAGUAUCCCUAAGGCUCAGCGUGCCAACGUGGCCAACAUUGACUAUCUACGACCCAUCAUCGCCGAUGCCGAUACUGGCCAUGGUGGUUUGACUGCCGUCAUGAAGCUCACCAAGCUCUUUGUCGAGAAGGGUGCUGCCGGUAUCCAUAUUGAAGACCAGGCUCCCGGCACUAAGAAGUGUGGCCACAUGGCCGGCAAGGUUCUCGUCCCCAUUAGUGAACACAUCAAUCGUCUAGUUGCCAUUCGUGCUCAAGCCGAUAUCAUGGGCUCCGACCUCAUUGCCGUCGCCCGUACCGAUGCCGAGGCUGCAACUCUCAUCACCACCACCAUUGAUCCUCGUGACCAUGCCUUCAUCCUUGGCUCUACCAACUCCAACUUGCAACCUUUGAACGACCUUAUGAUUGCCGCCGAGCAGAGCGGAAAGACUGGUGAUGAGCUGCAGCGCAUCGAGGACGAAUGGGUUGCCUCUGCUGGCCUAAAACGAUUUGAUGACGCUGUUGUUGCCGCUAUUGAGGCCAGCUCUGUCCCCAACGCAGCCAAUGUCAAGAGUGACUACCUUGCUCGCGCCAAGGGCAAGAGUAACGCCGAGUCUCGUGCUCUCGCCAAGAGUAUACUUGGCCAGGAUGUCUUCUUCGACUGGGAUGCUCCUCGUACCCGAGAGGGCUACUACCGCCUGAAGGGUGGCUGUGACUGCGCCAUCAACCGUGCCAUUGCUUAUGGUCCCUUCUGUGACGCUGUCUGGAUGGAGAGCAAGCUUCCCGAUUAUGCUCAAGCCAAGGAGUUUGCCGACGGUGUCCACGCUGUUUGGCCUGAGAAGAAGCUCGCGUACAACCUCUCGCCCUCUUUCAACUGGAAGACUGCCAUGCCUCGUGACGAGCAGGAGACUUACAUCCGUCGACUUGCAAGCUUGGGCUACUGCUGGCAGUUUAUCACUCUUGCUGGUCUACACACAACCGCCCUCAUCAGUGACCAGUUCGCCCGCGCAUACGCCUCUCACGGCAUGCGCGCGUAUGGUGAGCUUGUCCAGGAGCCCGAGAUGGAGCAGGGCGUCGACGUUGUCAAGCACCAGAAGUGGAGCGGAGCCAACUACGUCGAUGAGCUGCAAAAGAUGGUGACUGGCGGAGUGAGCUCCACGGCGGCCAUGGGUCAAGGAGUUACUGAGGACCAAUUCCAUUAA